UGGAAAAGAAAACCCAAUUGCGAUAAGUUUGAGUUCUGUGGUUUUCAUUUCUCUCAAGAAAGUGGUUUGUUUUGAUGGGUGAUAUGGCAACUCUAAGGAAACUGAAAAUCAAGACUGGCACUUGUAAACGCCUCGUUAAGGAGUUUCAUUCUUGUGAGAAAGAGGUUGAGGGAGAGGCUGCGAAGACAGCAGACAUGAAGGGGAAAGGAGCUGAUCCUUAUGACCUCAAGCAACAGGAAAAUGUGCUGGCUGAAUCAAGGAUGAUGAUUCCCGAUUGUCGAAAGCACCUGGAGGCCUCACUAGCUGAGUUAAAAGGAACUUUGGCUGAGUUGGAAGAAGAGUUGAACCAGAAGGAAGGCCCUGAAAUUGAAGAAGCUUGGACCAUUAUUGCAGAAGUUGAUCAGUUGUUCUAGACAACAGAAACCUAGUCUUCCGGCCUUUGUAACAGUUACUAACUUUCCAUGGUUUUCAAUCUGCUGCAGACACACUGUGUGCCCCUAACAAAGGGAGACAAUGAACAUAAUGUAGUGUUGUCUUGCCAUUGUGUUCCAAGGAAUCUUAAUCUCCUGCUUGUAUUGUUGCUUAAAGCAUAUGUACUGAACUGAAAUUUCUUGGGUGUUCACUUUUGGUUCCCAUUGACAAUCUGUGUACAUGAAAGGCGGCGGAUGCAAAGAGAGGUUCGUAGCUUGGGAAAACUGUAUUGAAGAGGCCGAGAAGACGAACGAGGAUUUAUGAGAUAGCCAGUUAGACUAAUCGGAAAUAGUAAUGUUGUUUUGAUCAAUUUUCACAUCUAAUUGUUAGCAAUUUUGGUGAUUGAG